UUAUUUGGGUAACUGAAAUGUCGGAUACCAACAUGUCGAUAGUGACGCGCAAGUAAACACUGAACACUUAGAUGAAGCAGUUAUUGACACUCGAUCGUUUGUUUAGAAGCUGGCGAACGGAAAACGUGGUGUAAACAAUAUAUUUUCAAUCAUGGCAGACGAUAUAGAUGACUUACUUGAUGAAGUUGAGAAAAAAUAUUUAGAAAAAGGAAAGCAACCCGUCGAUUCAAACACCAAGAGCAGGUGUAAUGUAGAGGAUGACCUAAAUGAUCUCCUAUCAGAUGAUAGCCUUGGAAAACACCAUAGAAAAACAAAUGCUAAAACGAAGGAGGGAGCAGUAACGGUCAGUACAGAUGGUAUUUCUAGGUAUAGACCAGAAUCUUCUAAAAAAUGCUAUCCUGUAUUUUUAGGUGGCAGUGCAGAUCCUACAGGUCAAGGAACAUCCAUUAGUCAUCGGACAUGUGACCAACUGCGCUGUACAGCAUGUGAUUUCAAGGUAUGCAUGUUUGACAAUCUCAAGUGGACCCAUGACACCACUUAUCUCUUUUUGAGAAACAAUGUGCCAGACUUUGGAAAACUCAAAGCAAAUCUUAUGCCAUCAAAGGGUUCACGUGCAUACUGCUGCCAGUGCAGCUGGCGGACAAUGACAACUAUUGUGCAACUGAAUGAUCCUGAUCUCAAGUGGGUUUGUGGGAAACAUUGAUAUUGCAGGUUUUUUACUUCAUUAAUCAUUGUUGAAAGGAGACCGUCCACCUUUUGUGAUCUUGACUGCAAAAUGUAUUAGAUACUGUAUUUAUGAAUGAUAGUAUGGGUUUUUUGCGCACUCUACUUUAUGAUUUAUGCAAUGUUAGGUAAAACAUUGGAAAACCCGAAAAUAUUGGCUGCAAGAGCUUUAUUUCUACCACAAGAAGAGUUUGUAAUGUGCUAGUCUGUUUAUAACUUUAGCAGAUGAUCAGUUCUUCAAAGACAAGUAAUGAGAGAAUCAUUUUUAUUAGGAAUGCUACAAAUUUAUCACUGAAAUGAUUUAUACACCUCGUGAAGUGCAACAUCAAACUCUGCAGCUGAUCUUAGCUGUGAGAAUGAUCUCUUCUGCAGGCAGAUACCACAAUUUGCUUGAAGGUUAUUCAUAAUGAAGUGAAUGUAUGGGAUUUUUGUUUGGUACAACUAAUCUUUGAAAGAAAGCUCUUAAUUUUCAUCUCAUCCUCUCUGUGCAAGUUCAGUACAAAUGAGAGAUCUGUAAAAUCAUAUCUUAGGAUUAUAGAAAAAUGGUUCGAUAAAUGUAAUGCCUUGCAUUAGUUGGAAAACAUUUUUGUCAGAUGUGAAUGCAGGAACAUUAAAUUUGGAUGGGUUUGUUAUUUCAAAGGAUUACUUUUUUCCCAAACUGUUGAUUGUAACCAGUCCCUUCUUGAAAAUAAAUGACUUACCAUCUGCAUCAUCAAA